UCUAUCAAGUUCCUUCCUGCAGGGUGGACACACACACACACACACACACACACACACACACACACACACACACACACACACACACACACACACACACACUGCAGUGGGCAGCACAGUCUUGACUUCUUUAACUGCACAGCUGAAGCAUGGCGAGUGAACGGACGGUGCGACUGGAAUGUGAGGGAGUGAGUGUGUUCCUGCUGCUGGUCCUUUCUGCACUUCAGCACAUUGUGAAAGCGGAGGUGAAGAUGUUGGACAUGGCUCCUGAUGCAGUAGAUGAUGACUUUUUCGAGUGUCGAGACAAAAUGCUGAAGGUUGUUACAGACCGUCUGCUGCAGAAGGAACUCGACUCUGAGAAAGAGUUUAAGGACUUGUGGAGUAAAUACAAUGGAACGUGCAAGAAGAACAUUACUGGUGGAACAUCUCUUCACACGGAUGCUCUCCAAGCUUAUAGAAAUUCUAAGGAUAAGUUUAGAACAAAUUUCAACAAGUUGGUCUAUAGCAUUGGCACCAACAGCACAACCUACAGAGAUUUUCGCUUCAAGUCUCUUCACUUUCUCCUAUCAGACUCCCUGAGACUGCUGAACCCUACAAACACCUGUAGUACCGUGUACUACGGCACCGACAAAAAGUACACAGCAGUUCUGGGGACAGAGGUCCGAUUUGGGAUGUUCCUAAAUCCUAGAAACUCAAAGAGUGAAGCAAUUGAAGAUGUGAUUUCAGAUGAAGGCUCCUUGUUUAUCAUCAAUUCCUGUUCUGUGGUGGAUGUUGAACAGAAGCUGUGUUACUGUGAGGAUCUUCAGUAUCUUCUUUCUCCAGCUGAGGUCUUCACAGUGCAGAAAAUUGAAAAUGGUCCUGAGUAUAAAGAAAUCACUUUAGAUCACUCAGACUUUCUCAACAAUCAUCACUGCUCCUUCUUCCAAAGCAAUGCGGCGGAUCUCCAACCCUCCAACGGAUCUCCAGUCUGUCGGACUCUCACUCUUCUGGCACUGAUGGCCUGCGUGAUGGCUCUUAUUGAGACGGCGUAACUCACCUCUUCAUUUACAUCAGUAAUAUUAGUAGAACAUUUCUCCCUUUAACUCUCUCCGUGAUCAGAAGUACAGGAUGCAGUGCCAGUUAAUGACAAAUAAGAUGUAUAUGAAUAAAGCCUGGUCUUGUAUUAUUAACUGCCGUCCUCAGUCGUAGAGCAGGAACACAUGAAUGGAACGAUUCUACUAUAUAUUAUUAUUUGUAAAUGCUGGUGUGUGAUUAGGAAAACACUGCUAAUCUUUUGAGUUUAAUGACUCAUUUCUUUGACGUAAGAAGACAGGAAGUAUAGAAGAGAAGAAGGAAAGAGUUUGUACUUAAGGAACCUUAAAACUUUACCACAUUACAUUUUGUUUAAGAACUUUUUGGUGUAUUGAGACGUGACUCAGAAAUUAAACUGAUCAUCAUCAUAUCUUCCUUCAGUGUUUGUUUAAUACACUCAUGGGAACUUCCUGUGCUGGUGACAUAUUUCCUCCUGUCACUGAGAUACAGUAGGAUCUUCUGGAUGAUGUGGACUUUCCUGAUCUUAUUUAAUAAAAAGCUCUUGUUUUUCUCGUC